AUGCUGGACAAAUGGCGAAACGUAAACGGAGGAGGUGGUGGGUCUGGCGGCAGAAGGAAAGCUAGAACUUCUCACCCGCCAGUUAUGCCAGAACCUUGCCGAAUUUCCUUGUAUAAGAGAAUAGCAAAGUACAAUACAAUGAUUUACGAGUCUCUCAAAUACAUUGAAGAUCCCUAUGGAACUGAUCUCGAUACGAUGAUUAACUUUCUUAAGUCAAAGUAUGAGUUAGAAAGUACCUUUAGAAAAUCAUUUACUGCAGCGCUCAGAGCACUUGAGGUGAAUGACCGCUACAAGGUCAUGGGUACGUCUUCGGGUGCUGAAACAUCCCGACAAGAGGAUGUUAGGACAAAUGCUGUUGAUACUCAAGAACAUCCUGCAAGUGUUGCUAUUAAGGUGGCUUUAGCUGAAAUCAAUAAAUAA